AUGGCGAACCAGGUACCUUAUGAGGUUAUGGAGAUCAUGGAAGACGCUGAUGCUGUAGGUGAAGACUGUUGGGAUUUGCUUGAGGUUAUUCGUUCUUUUGCUUUUCAAGAUUUAACUCCAGCGACCACUUCCUCACCACAUUUUCAGGCCAGUUCUGAGUUUAAUGUAGAAGAUUAUGUCAAUGAAGGUGGAGAUGGAAUUCUAGCAGCACCUUCCUUUUUUUCUAAUGGAGAUGGAAUUUUAGCAGCACCAAAUCGUACUAUCGUCAAUAGUAAUGAAAUAACUCAAGACUCGGGUCAGAGUUGCAGCCUGCUGUCCAGCUUUCCAACAGAGGAUUCUCCUCUUUAUAUGCUUGAUAGUUCAGAUGGGGUUCUAAGUAAUAGCUAUGCUAUGGAUGACUUGACAACCAUGAGUGGCAGUUACGGAGUACUCCCUUCCAGUCAUGAAAAUGUAAGGGCCAGCAGUAUUGCCUUUGCUGGUACAACUGAAGACUUGUGCUUUGAUAAUAACCAGCAGUCUCAAUUCCUUGGUCAGCCUUCAACUCACUCUUCGCCUGAAAUAAUUGAUCUUACUGAGAUGGGUGGCAUGGAUGAAACUGAUGGGGUACCAAUGGAAGCACUUACACCUGAAUUAGUUGAUGACGUACUAAUGUCACCGCUUAGGAAGAAUGUCACUCUUGCACUUGAUCUUGAUGGCACCCUUAUCCAUUCAGCAAGGUGCGACCAUGGCGCAGACUUUUCAUUCCCUAUGCGCCGUGGAGAACAAGAGUACACUGUCUAUGUGAAGAAGAGACCACAUUUGGACGCCUUUCUUGAAGAGGCUGCUCAUAUGUUUGAGCUUGUUGUCUUCACGGCUAGCAUAAGUUCUUAUGCAAACCAACUGAUUAAUGCACUGGAUCCCGAGAACAAACUGAUAUCGCGGCGUUUUUUCCGGGAGUCAUGCGUCUCGGUAGAUGGAAGCUAUCAGAAGGAUCUGACCAUUAUUGAAGCUGAUCUUGCAAAGGUUGCGAUAGUUGACAAUACCCCAGAGGUUUUCCAACAACAGGUGAAUAAUGGGAUACCCAUAAAGAGCUGGUCAAGUGACACGUCUGACAUCUCACUGCUUGAGCUGAUCCCCUUCUUGGAAACAAUUGCUGACGCGGAUGAUGUCCGACCGAUCAUUGCAAAUAAAUUUGCCAACUAA